GCAGAACAGUUCAAACUAGAGCAGCAGCACGGUCAGGUGGACUGGGGACAGCAAGGAGUCAUCAUGUCAGGUCGUCCUAAUAAAGUAGACUGUCUAUUCCCAAACCACUCCAAAUUGAUUGGGGUGAUCUGUUCAGAAUGCUGCAGAUGGUAGGAGGGCAAUGUUUUUAUUUUUUUCUGGGCUGCAUUCAACUUCUACACAUUUCUCAAAGUGUACUUAAGCAUUAAUGUAUUUGAAAGCAUUGGAUUGGUGUAAGCUUCCACCACUGUUAAAUCUGUAACUGGAGUGUACACUUCAGGAGGAAGGAGAUAUUGUUGGCACUCAAUCAUGACUGGGAGUAUGCAAGUGUAAGUGACAAGAGUUGGGAAUCGGGAUGCUGCCUAGGUAAUUUCUACAUCACCUCAAAUUUCCUCCAUUUUACACUCAAUGUUGAAUUUAAAUGUACACUGUAUAUGACUGGACAAAUCAUUGACCAAAACAAUUCUUACAGAAGUUAAGGCCAUGAGGAGUAGUGACUGGAUUAGUGAACAAUUCCAGACUGAGCAAUUUAACUGUCUUUCAAGCAGACUGUUUUCUAGAGGAAGCUAUGUCUGAUAAUAGAAUAGUGUGUUGGUCAAUGUCCUGUGAAUCUUGAACCAAAACUCAUAUCUCUUGUGACUUCACAACUAUUUCCAAUCUGUGUUUAGCUCUAACUGAUGGCAACGGAGUGAAAUGACAGACUCGUGCUUAGGCUACUUCAGUGUGCAUUGUCACCGGUAAAUCUUGACUUAAUCUGGUUAGUUUUUGUAAUGUUUUCAUGGAAAGGAACAAAAUUACAAUCCAUUAUAGCCUAGGCCUAAUUGUGACAAUUCUGACAACUUUGUUUAUGCUUCUGGAGUGAUUGAUGUCGUGGUAUUGGGGUUGAGUAAGGCGUGCGUAAAGGUGGCGACUAGAGAAGCACUAAUUUCCUACCAUGUCAUGUGUUUGUAAAGCAUUUGACUAGGAUUGCUGAUCAAGGAUCAGUUUUGCAUUUCGACCGUAAUAUGAUUAUAUGGACUUGGAUAAGGGGCCUGAUCCUAGAUCUGCACUCCUGCUUCGCGAAUACAGGCUCAGGUGAAGUUUGGACACACCCACAGUGCUCACUGCUCAGAUCAAAGUGAGAGGGAGGGAGAUACUGCAGGGUGUGAUGUUGAGCUGGAGUGGAGAGACACUAGUGAGUUUUACAGGGCCUAAACCUGUUGUGUAUUUCCAUAGAGACUGCCAAGUGCAAUACAGUGGAGUACACGGGACUGUGUGGACACAUGACAAACAGGAUACCGUAAUCAGCAUGCAGAGUGUGAGAUCCCCAGGGAGGGGGGGCACCUUUCAGAGGAGUCGUUCCAAUGUUCUAUCUGUCUGGAGGUCUUCGUAGAGCCUGUCUCGACCCCCUGCGGACACAGCUUCUGCAAGGCCUGUCUUCAGGGCUACUGGGAUCACAGCAAGAAGUUCCAGUGCCCCAUGUGUAAGAAGAGCUACACCCGGAGGCCGGAGCUCAGCAUAAACCGUGUCCUCGCCGAGAUCUCUUCCCAGUUCCAGGGGCUCGAUGUGGGGGUGACUUCACCGAACACGAAGGCGGGUGCGGUGGCUGGGUCUCUGGCGGUGGGACAUGGGUUUCAUGGAGAGUCACCUGCGGCGGAGGGUGGAGAGUUCGCCCGGGCGGGCGAGGUGCCAUGUGAUGCAUGCAUUGGGAGGAAGAUGAGGGCAUUGAAGUCUUGUCUCAACUGUCCCGGGUCAUACUGCGACGCACAUCUCCGACAUCACAAGAAGGUGAAGUCUCUGACAUCCCACCGCCUGGUUGAGCCCAUACACCGCCUGGAAGAGAAGAUCUGUAAGAAGCACGAGCGCCUGCUGGAGGUCUACUGUCGUAACGACCAUGGCUGCGUCUGCAUCUCCUGCGCAGAAGCCUCACACAAGACCCACGAGAUCGUCUCCGUCGACCGUGAGUGGAAGAAGAAGAUGAGUCAUCUGGGCAAGUGGAGGUCGGAGCUUAAACACCUAAUCAAGGAGCGGGCCAAGAAGUUGGAGGAGAUCAACCAGUCCAUACGGGUCAUAAAAAGCACUGCCCAGAGGGAGUUGGAGGACAGCUGGCAGGUGUAUGCAGAGCUGCAGCGUCUAGUGGAGCAGAGCCAGGCUGAGCUGGUGGAGCUGAUUGCUACGAGACAGCGUGAGGCGGAGAGGCAUGCCCAGGAUCUGGCCAGAGGUCUGGAGGAUGAACUGAGCCAGCUCCGGAAGAGGAGCGGAGAGCUGGACGCCCUGGCACAGAACCAGGAUAAAGUAAUCUUCCUCCAGAGCCUGCCCACCCUGGCGCCCCUCCCAGAGCCCAGUAAUUGGUCAGGCGUGAGUGUGAACACAGACCUCUACCUAGGAACCAUCCAAUCAUCCGUAAGCACCCUUGUCGACAGGUUCCAGGAAGAACUGAAGAGUCUGUAUGGAAAAGAGCUCAGGCAGCUGCAGAACUAUGCAACUGAAGUGUACCUGGACCCGGGCACUGCCCAGAGGAACCUGGUCCUGUCAGAGGACGGUCGCCAGGUGAUGUACGAGGAACGGAAGCACAACCAGUCGGAAGGCACUCGUCGCUUCAGCCCUGCACUCUUUGUGCUCGCUCGCGAGGGCCUCUCCUUUGGACGCCAUUACUGGGAGGUUGAGGUGGGCCGCAAGACUGCCUGGACUGUGGGUGUGAUGCGGGCAUCGGCCCGCCGGAAAGGAGAGAUAAAGCUGAGCCCUGACGGAGGGUUCUGGUGCCUGUGGCUGAAGAGUGGGGAGGUCAAGGCUCUGGCAUCCACUCGACAGCCCCUCCAGCUGACCUCUCACCCCCAGAAGAUUGGCAUCUUCCUUGACUAUGAAGGUGGCCAGUUGUUGUUCUAUGACGUCAAGGCGCGCACGCACCUCUUCACGUUCGUGGAUACUUUCAGUGAGAGUUUGUAUCCGAUAUUCAGUCCCUGUCUCAACCAGGAUGGAAAGAACAUGGCCCCGCUCAUCAUCAGUGCUGUGAAACAUAGCUGAGACACAACAUGGCAUGGGUUGUGUCCCAAAUGGCACCCUGUGCACUAAGUUUGACUGCACUCCUAUGGGCCCUGGUCAAACGUAGUGCAGGGAAUAGAGUGCCAUUUGGGAUGCAACUUGACGACAACCCAUUCUGCUCAGAGGUUGACCAAUCAGUUUAGCCACUUGAUUAGGGGCCUGAGUUCUUCCUCACUGUGUGAUCUUACCAGGAGAAACUGUGGUACCCAAGUGAUGGCCAAUAUACUAUAUAACUAAGGCCCAAAGUUUUCCUCAGGUUAGGUAACAUGGUCAGGAAAGCUAAUGUUUGAUUGACCUUACUGUCCAGAUUCUUACUUGCUUUAAUACACAGAAGUCUAAUGCUUUACAUUUGAACUAUUUUGAUAGCUGGAUUAAUCAAAAUGGACAUUUAGUUGGGUAUUGCCAUACUUUAAUUUGAUUAUUGCUUUACUAAACAACUAAACAUGUUAAGUAUUUGUUAAAGGGAUCGAUCUUUGGAUGAGAAUAUAUCUUCUAAAAGUCCUUACUGUGGAACAGUUGACCUUUUUCAUGUGUCAUUAUAUAUUUUUAAUAAGUCUAGAAGUAAAUUGAAAGCUAUAAACAUAACUACAGUACAGCAACUUUGUGUGUGUACGAAUGGAGUCCUGACUCCGACAUUGCUUAUGCUAGAACUUCUAUUCCAUUGUUUUACUUUUUGAUUGGUGUGUUCUUAGAUAUUACUGCACAGUUGGCGCUAGGAACACAAGUGUUUCACUACAUACACAAUAACCUCUUAAAUAUGUAAAUACAGUACAGCAAAUUCACAGUUUUUACUUUUGUACUUCAAUCUGCAGCUUUUAAAUAAAGAUGUUCUAUCAAGUAAA